CUAUAUCAAAUGCCAUUAUCUUACUUUUUUCCAAGGAAAGAUAUAAAAGCUAUAAAAGUUAUCGCAAAUGUUCGUAACAAAUUCAUACGCAAAAGUUUACAAAUAUGGCUGUUAUAUUAACUUCAUUAGUGUUAAUAAGCGGCAUUGCAAUUCUCUUUCGAUAUUACGCCAGAUAUAAAUUAAAUUAUUGGAAAAGACGUGGUGUCGAAUCAUUGCCAACGGAUUUAAUUUUCGGCAAUUUUAAGAAUGCCGCACUUUUUAAAACUGCACCAGGAUGGCAUCUUGGUGAAUUGCAUAAUGCCGCAAUAACAAAUUCUCCAAUGUUGGGAUUCUAUAUUUUUCAUAAACCAUGCAUUCUUUUGAGAGAUUUAAAAUUAAUUAAACAAAUUAUGGUAAGAGAUUUUGAAAAUUUCUCCGAUCGUCAUUUUGCUGGUUCACAACAAAAAGACAGUAUUGGAAUGAAAAAUUUGUUUGGAUUGAAAAAUCCGGCGUGGAAAUAUGUGAGAUCAAAAAUUACACCAACAUUAACGAAAGGUAAAUUAAAAUUAAUGUUACCAUUGAUGAUGGAAAUUGGUGAAUCAAUGAUGGAAUAUUUAAACACCGAAACAACUGACGCCAAUGGAAUUAAAAAUGUUGACGCUCAAGAAUUAAAUUAUAAAUAUACCACUGAUUUAAUUGCCUCAAUUGCACUUGGAAUGAAAUUCAACACUUUUCAUAAUCCUGAUUCUGAAUUCUCUAAAAGUAUGUCUCAAUUUUACCAUGGUAUUAAAAGGAUGAUAGCAUUGGUUGCUGUUUUCUUUACGCCUGAAAUAGUUGAAUUAUUUGGUACAAGAGUUCUGUUUAAUUCGAAUUUCAUUGAGAAAGUUUUCUGGAAAUCAAUGGAAACAAGAGAAAAAACAGGAAUUAAAAGAGGAGAUUUUAUUGAUUCUUUAAUUAAAUUAAAAAAUGAACCACAAAAUCCUGAUUAUAAAUUUGAAGGCGAGAAUCUAUUUUACCAAUCAGGAACAUUUUUUUCGGGAUUUGAAUCCAGUUCAACGACCUCGUCAUUCACACUAAUGGAAUUGGCAAAACAUUCUGAUUUUCAACAGAAAGCACGGGAAGAUAUUAAUGCAUCAAUAGAAAAACAUGGAUUAACUUACGAGGCAUUCAAUGAUAUGAAAUAUCUCGAUCAAUGUAUUGCAGAAGGUAUUCGGCUUCAUCCUCCAGUCUCCACAAUUGACCGUUAUACUAGAAACGACUAUCAGAUUCCAGGUACUGAUAUUGUCCUCGAAAAGGGAACAGCGGUUUAUAUUUCGCUUUAUGGUUUACAACAAGAUCCUAGAUUUUUUGAAAAUUCUUUAGACUUUAAUCCAGAACGAUUUAACAGCGAAACUAAUGUUUCCGAUGCUUAUAUUCCAUUUGGUGUUGGGCCACGAAUGUGUAUUGGUAUGAAAGUUGGACAAUUACACGCCAAAGUUGUAAUAACAAUGAUUUUAAGAAGGUACGAAGUGAUCCAAUUGUCUAAAGAUGAAAUUACUUUGGAUAAUCGAUCAACUUUCACUGCUGCUGCUGAUGGCAUUAAUCUUCAAUUUAAAGAAAUUAAAUCCUGAUUUUUAAUCAUUUUUUCUAGUUAUAUAAAGAUAUUUUGUAUAUAUAAAAAAUGUUACAUAAUUUGUGAACGCACCUAAAAACUCAUACAGAGAAAAAUAAAUAACAAAUUUUGAAUUUAAUA